AUGACCAAACCACCAAAGCGGCGCAGAGACGCCAAUGCCAACAGCUCACAAGUCCCCAACGAGCAGGAACCACCAAAGAAGCGAAAGAAGAAUACUAUAAAGCUACCCAAGUAUCAGGAUGAAAACGUCGGUCCGAGUCGUCUGAUGCCAGCGAAGACGUUUAAUACCGAUCGAGAGUUUACGGGGACGCUUUCGGUCAAAGUUGGUGAUGGUGGUGCUAGCAAGAGAGGUGUUGAUACGACCAAGAGCGGUGGUGAUGCUACUACCAAUGUUAAAGCUACUGGAGCCAAAAAGAGAGGUGCUGAUUCGGCUAUUUCUAACAAAAGAGGAUCGAAACGUACGAAGAUCUCGAGAACAGGGCAUAUUGAAAAGAACGGAAGUGUGACAGAGACCGCCGUCCCAGUCAUAGAAAACAAGACAUCAACAGCCAACACUACCAACAACAACACAAAAGUCCGUAGCUUCCCCUCCCCCUAAACCCAUCUAACACCCCCAGUCCUUCACCCUCUUCCCCCUCCUCCCCCCCGAACUCCCCUAUCAAAUCUGGGAACACGCAUCCCUCACCCCCCGCCUCAUCCGCUGGGGCCGUCAAGCACCCCCAGGAAUCUACCACGCAAACCAGGAAUCCCGACAUAUCGCCCUCAAGCACACCGCAAAACCAAUCAAGCGGCCCUUAUACCGACAUCUCGACUAUUGCUUCUACUUCACCGGCACACGAGACAUCCUCUACCACCUCACCCCCCUCCCAACCGCCGAAGCCAUCCGGCAAGAACGCCGACGCUUCUGUCCUCUCACGACAUCCGGUGUGCGACGACUCGCCAUACCGCUCGAUGACGCGUUUCGAGCCGCUAGGAAUGAUCUCACCGUAGGAUUUCUGGGGGGUCCGACGGUGCCGGAUAAUUUGUGGAAGAAAAUUGAUAAGUUGUUCCCGGAGUUGGAGGAGUUGAUUGUGUUGUUGUUUCCGCAUCCGAAGCGGGGGGAUGAGAUUGGGGAUUUUAGGGUGGUGGAUUAUUUGGCGGUUAGGGCGACGGAGACGCUGGGGGUGUUGACGGUGCAGCAGUAUGGUUUUAUGGGGGUGGUGAGGGAGGCGUGGGAGAAGAGGGUGGUGUUGGGGAAGAAGGUUGUGGGGAAGUUGACGUUUGUGAAGAAGUUGAGUGAGCCUGGGGUGCAUUGUACGGAGGUUUUGGAUGCUUAG